CCGCGCGCAGUGGUACCGAAAAAGGAACUCCUCCAUGGAGAAGAAGGAGAUUAACGCCUAAAAUUCUUGAGUAUAACAGUCUUAACUGGUACGGUCGAACGGUCCUAUUUUAGCUUACUCGCACUCGCGUGCAAUUCUUGUCACGGUCUAGGAAUUUGGAUACCGCAUGAAUUUGUAACAUAAUACCGCGAGGAUAUCAUGUCGUGGCUGACUGCUCAUUUGUAUCUCUUGGAGACGAAAUCGGUUGAAGUCAACAAUAUCCAUUGCUACCGCCAUUUCUAACCUCGGAGGUUCACGCUUAAAGUUGAGUGUCAACAAAGUUUGCCCGCAUAAAGAUGUCGUCUGAUGAGGAAACGAUUCCAGAUGACGACGGUCUGCCAUAUCUGGGAGAAUAUGACGGUGAAAGGAACGAGGUUGAUGAACGACAUGGCUUUGGGCGAGCGAAGCUUCCCAACGGGGAUACAUAUGAAGGUUCUUAUGAAAAUGGCAAGCGACAUGGCAACGGAACUUACAGAUUCAAAAAUGGUGCGCGGUACGUAGGUUACUACAUGGAAGGCAAGAAAAAUGGUGACGGCGUGUUCUUGUAUCCAGAUGGUUCCAAGUAUGACGGGUCCUGGAUUAACGAUUUACGAAGUGGCUUUGGUACCUACACUUACCCCAAUGGAGACACUUACGAAGGGGAGUGGAUCCAGGGCCGUCGACACGGCCAAGGGGUUUAUACAUACAAGGAAACUGGCUCGCGCUACGAUGGGCGAUGGUUUCAAGGCAAAAUGCACGAGGAAGGCCAACUCAUUCACUCAAACCACAGAUAUGUGGGUGAUUUUGAAGAGAACAAGCCAAGAGGUCGAGGAAGGUACGUAUUCGACUCGGGGUGCGAGCAAAUUGGAAAGUACGUAUGGAAAGAGAAGGAAAUUGUGAGCGAACAUGAAGAGGAUGAGCCUGAAAUUGUGAUUACACCGAUGUGGGAGGGAAAAGAGAUGUGCUCCAUCUCCGAAGAACAAUGAUUACCUUUGCACAGCGAUUGCUGUACAGGAUUUUGCUCGUUUCAAUAUACUUGUAAGGGCCAGCUACCUCUGGCGAAAAUAAACACAACACAACAACUUG